AUGGGGAGCGCGGUGAGCUUUGGGGCUUGGGGGGCGGCGGCGGCAGGACGAACGGCCGGGGUGCGCACCUGGGGCCCCCUGGCCAUGGCCGCGAAGGUGGAUCUGAACACCUGCACCGACUGGAAGGAGGCAAAAUCCUUUCUGAAAGGCCUGAGUGACAAGCAGAGGGAGGAGCAUUACUUCUGCCGGGACUUCGUGAGGCUGAAGAAGAUCCCAACGUGGAAGGAGAUGGCAAAAGGAGUAUCUGUGAAAGUGGAGGAGCCCAAGUACAAGAAGGAUAAGCAGCUGAAUGAGAAGAUCUCGCUGUUCCGCGGUGAUAUCACCAAGCUGGAGGUGGAUGCCAUUGUGAAUGCCGGUUGCUCUUGGACAAUUCCCACUGUCACUUGGAGCCAGCUGUUGGAGCUGACGGCCCCCCACCACCAAGGGGAUAAGAUCUCGCCCAGAACAGCCAACAGCUCCCUGCUUGGAGGUGGAGGUGUGGACGGCUGCAUUCACCGGGCCGCCGGGCCUCUGCUCACAGACGAGUGCCGGACCCUGCAGAGCUGCGAGACCGGCCAGGCCAAGAUCACGGGCGGCUACCGCCUGCCGGCCAAGUACGUCAUCCACACGGUGGGACCCAUCGUGCAUGGAGAGCCCAGCGCCGGCCUUCCCCUGCAUCUCCACGGGCGUGUUCGGCUACCCCAACGAGGCUGCGGCCGAGGUGGUGCUGAGGGCGCUGCGCGAGUGGCUGGAGCCGCACAAAGACAAGGUGGGGCCGGCCCAGGCGGGUGCCCUCAAAACCGCUCCUGCUAG